AUGCCUCUAGUAGUUCCUCAAGAACCGAAAACUCACGCUUUCAACUCGAACGCUUUCAAUGUUACUUGGGAGUCGAUCGAGUUAACACGCGAAAAUAUAAGAGGAAGACUUAUAGGUCAUCGCAUAAAAUAUUGGAACACUACGCAGGAAGAAGAAGAUGCGGUGUAUUACUUAUCACGGACUACACGUAAUUGGGAUUUAAUUGUAGGUUUACAACCUGAUACCUAUUAUUUUGUCAAAGUGAUGGCAUAUAACGCGGCUGGAGAGGGAUCAGAAAGCGAACGAGCCGAAGAGCGCGUAAAGAUUACGAGCUUCAAUGAUCGAUUUAAUCAACGAAAGAAUAGUACACAAAAUUUCACACAAGAAGAAAAGCGGGCCCACCAUAAUGCAUUGGAACGCAAAAGACGUGAGCACAUCAAAGAAAGCUUCACUAAUUUGCGAAAAGCAGUGCCAUCAUUAAAAGGAGAAAAGGCGAGUCGAGCUGAGAUUUUAAAGAAAACUACCGAUUGCAUACAAAAUAUGAGACGAAAAAUUCAGGCUAAUCAAAAAGACGGGAAUGAUCUUAAACAUCAAAUUGCUAUUUUGGAAGAGGAGGUAGACCAGGCAGACGCUAUUACGACUAGUAUGCCGUCUGAAAGCCCCAUUAGAAAUAUAUUUCAUUAUUUAAACGUCUACGAUGGACCAUCAACGUCAGCGCAGGCAGGACUGGCGGAGGAGGUUCGGCGCCUUAAGGCAGAAAUGGAAGCCCUGAGGCAACAACUCGCUACAAACCAAAGCCAACAAGUAGUAACAGUAACAGUAGCUGACAGUCGAGCGCCAACGCAGCAGAGUAAUGGUGAAGUACAACAUAUGGGCUAUGAAAACUGGAUUUUAGUGUGUUACCUCAACGUUCCAAGUGGGCAUUUAUAAAAGAAAUAGCCCAUUAAAAAACGAAGUGAAAAAAUGGAACAGGACGACGAAAAUUUCCCAUCGACAUCAGAAAAGUUAAGAAGAACCUUGGAUUAUAUUAGCCCUAAAUAAUCCAGAAAAUUCAAAUCGAAUCCUGAAAAAGGAAGGCGAUCUAAGUUUAAAUAAAGUCCCGAAAGAAGGAAACACAACAGGGAAAAUACAGUUGUAAGUAAUGAAGGUGAAAAUGACAUAGUAAUUAUACGAAUAGAAAACGAACGUAUAGCUCUGCUGAUUUAAUAACGACCCGUUUGAUCGAAUCCAAUUUAUUCAAAAUCGGUGAGCUUAUACUUCUAGUGUCCUAUAAUCAAGUCAAAAAAGAACUUAUACCAGAGCAUUUGAUGCGGUAUUGCGCAAAAGGAGAUAUUGGCGUAGAUGACACCUGUAA